AUGGCAGCAUUCUUCAUUACUAUCAUAUUUGCCGUUGUUCUCGAUGUAUGUUCAUCACAAUCGUAUUCUGGCAGAUCGAGCAGUUUUCCCACAACAUUGAUUGUCUUUAUCCCUGUCUUUAGCCUAUUCUUUAUAUUUAUGAUAGCACUUAUUAUAUGGAAGAAGAAAUGCGGCCCACAAAGACGUUUUGUAAAUCCAGCGGUGAUACCUUUAGCAACACAAAUGGCCUUUGUAGAACAACAGAAUCGAUAUCAACCACCAAUCUACAAUCAAGCUCCAAUGUACAAUCAAACGCCGAUGUAUAAUUCAGCAUCACUUGGUAAUCAACCAUUUUCUUACGGUCAACCACCACCUUACAGUCAAACGCAGUUCUAUAAUCAACCAGCGCCUUAUCCGAUGUAUAAUACUCAGUCAAAUCCAUCGAAAAUGGCUUUUACUUGA